AUGGCAAAUUCGCCGAAAAAGCCAUCUGAUGGCACUGGAGUAUCAGCGUCAGACACGCCUAAAUAUCAACAUACCGUCCCAGAAACGAAACCAGCAUUUAAUUUGUCACCAGGUAAAGCUAGUGAGCUAUCACAUAGCCUUCCGUCGCCUAGCCAGAUAAAAUCAACCGCACAUGUAUCUUCAACUCACAAUGAUGCGGCAGGUAAUACGGAUGAUUCUGUUCUUCCUAAAAAUGUAUCACCCACAACUAAUUUGAGAGUUGAAAGUAAUGGAGAUACAAACAAUAUGUUCUCUAGCCCUGCUGGACUAGCUCUACCAAAAAAGGAUGAUAAAAAAAAAAACAAGGGUACGAGUAAAGCAGAUUCUAAAGAUGGCAAAGCAUCCAACUCCUCAGGACAGAAUGCACAACAACAAUCAGACCCAAAUAAAAUGCAAGAUGUCCUUUUUUCCGCAGGUAUCGAUGUUAGGGAGGAGGAGGCUCUUCUAAAUUCAUCUAUUAAUGCCUCAAAAUCCCAAGUUCAAACAAAUAACGUUAAGAUCCCCAACCAUUUACCAUUCCUUCACCCGGAACAAGUUUCCAAUUAUAUGAGGAAAGUCGGAAAAGAGCAAAACUUCAACCUGACCCCUACAAAGAAUCCUGAAAUUUUGGACAUGAUGUCAAGUGCCUGCGAAAACUAUAUGAGAGAUAUCCUAACAAAUGCCAUUGUCAUCUCCCGACAUAGAAGAAAAGCAGUCAAGAUAAAUUCUGGUAGAAGAAGUGAAGUUUCUGCGGCUUUAAGAGCCAUUGCACUAAUUCAAAAAAAAGAAGAAGAAAGGCGUGUGAAAAAAAGAAUUGCGUUGGGACUCGAGAAGGAAGAUUAUGAAAAUAAGAUUGAUUCCGAAGAGACGUUACACAGAGCAUCGAACGUUACGGCUGGCCUUAGAGCAGGUAGUAAAAAACAGUAUGGUUGGCUAACUUCAUCAGUAAAUAAGCCGACGUCCUUGGGAGCAAAAUCUUCAGGCAAAGUCGCCUCCGACAUCACGGCUAGAGGAGAAAGUGGGCUAAAGUUUAGAGAAGCUAGAGAGGAGCCUGGUAUAGUAAUGAGGGAUUUACUCUUUGCUCUCGAAAAUAGGCGCAACAGCGUUCAGACUAUUAUUUCAAAGGGUUAUGCCAAGAUCAGAGAUUAA